AUGGAUCCAAGGACACCGUAUAGCCAGUCUUCUGGUUAUAUGGGCCUUCUUCAAAGUCAAGAAGGAAGUUUUCUUCAUGACAACUCUCCUUAUGAGAGUUAUCAUUCUGGAUCUUCGCAGAUCCCUCUGUUCAGUUCACAACAAAGCGACGCUCCAAUUCCACCUACAGAGAGUCCCGUGGAGCGUGGAAAGAGACAUAAAUGGACCCCAGUGGAGGACGAGAUGCUGAUCAGUGCCUGGUUAAACACUUCAAAAAACGCUAUUACCAGCAAUUACCAAAAGUCGGGAACAUUCUGGAAACGAGUAGGGGAUAGUUUCUUCGAGGCUCUGAAUGGUGGACCUGGUGGUGACACUUCCGCGCAUCGGAAUUACAAGCAGAGGUGGCACAAAAUAAAUGAUCAAACCAACAAGUUUUGUGGUGCUUAUGCGGCUGCGGAGCGAAGAAUGACUAGUGGUCAGCAUGAGAAUGAUGUUCUGAAGGUGGCCCACAACAUAUACUUCGCUGAUCAGGACUGUAAAUUCACACUUGAACAUGCGUGGUGCGUGUUGAGGUAUGAGCAGAAAUGGUGCAACCUCAACCCCACUAAAGAUUCUGGAAGUUCAAAGUGGAAGGCAUAUUCAGAAGCUUCAACCACAAGUGAACGUGUAAAGGCUGUUGAGGAAGCAGAGAGAAGACCUGAAGGUGUGAAGGCUGCAAAAGCAAGACGUAGUGCAAUUGGUAAGGGGAAGUCUGUUGCUGACUAUACUGCGGUUUGGGAAAUGAGGAAGGAAGAUUUGGAGAAGAAAGAAAAACUGUCAAAGUUUGCCAUCUUAGAUAGUCUGAUAGCGAAAUCCAAAACCACCACACUCACUGAGGCUGAAGAAGUUGCCAAAGAGAAGCUCCUCGCGGAGUAUUUUUAG